UCUAUCCAAUAGUUAUGGCGAUCACCAAAGAAAAAGCACUCCUAGCAGUGCUCCUCUUCCUCUCCCUUUACCUCCUAUCGGCUGCUUCCGUGCUCUCGCACAACAGCGUCGAUCCCCAGCGCCGGCUCGAGCAGUGCCAGCAAGAGUGCCGCCAGAGUCGGCAGGGCGAAGCUCAGCGGCGCCAGUGCGAGCAAAGGUGCGAGGAGGAAUACCGCAGCGAACAGAGAAGGAGCAGGGGAGACGAUCUGGUGGAGAUGCGUCGAGAUCCUCAAGAGAGGCUUCGCCAAUGCAAGCAGAAGUGCUGGCAGCAGCAGCAUGACCCGCGCCAGGUGCAGCAAUGCGAGAUGCAGUGCGAGCAGCGGUAUGAGGAGGAGCGAGGACGCGACGAGACGAACAGAGACCCCGAGGAAGAACUCCGCCGGUGCGAGCGGCGUUGUGAUCAGCAGCGCGGCGACGCCCGGCAGCAAGAGCAGUGCCAAAGGAGAUGCGAGGAGCGUUACCAAGAGGAGCGCGAGCGCAGAGAGCGUGGCUGCGAUGCCGUAGGGAACCGCGACCCUCGGGAGGAAUUCCGGCGAUGCCAACAACGGUGUGAAGAGGAGCGUCGCGACCCGCGCCGACAACAGCAAUGCCAAUGGAAGUGCGAGGAGCAGUACCGGGAACAGCGGGAACGGGAAGAGCUCGGCCGUGGCGGGUCCGGCGGCAACAGGGAUCUUCGGGAGGAAUACCGCCGGUGCGAGGAUGACUGCGAACAGCAAUAUCGCGACCCUCGCAAAAUGAGGCAGUGCCGCAGCCAAUGCGAGGAGGAGUGCAGAGAGCACGAACGAAGGGGCCGUGGGGGGCGUGAAGAUCCAGCGAUAGAGAUGGUGUAAGUUUUGGAAGUCGAAGCAGGAGUGAGGUGGCUCGGAGUCUACAUGUCGGAGUCAAUCUGUGUGACUCUUUCCCUUGAGUAGUGUAAGAAUCUGGUCUAAUGUCGACUUA